AUGAAAGCUGCUAUGAGGCCAAGCAUCUCGAGUACACUUCUCUGGAGACACGUAAAGUUUUUCGCAAGUUCCGGCGGCCUCCAGAGGAGCAAAGCGAAAACUUCCCCUGCGGCCAAGGUAUCUCGUCCUGAGUGGAUUUCCCUCUGUAGUCAGUCCUAUCCGACUGACGAUUGGUAUAAUCUGUCGCCAAAAAUCAUCCAACUGCUUAGUCGGCGUCUUCACAAUCAACUAUACCAUCCUCUUUGGCUCAUUAAAAGCCGCAUUGUCGACUUCUUUUAUAAGCGCCCAUCCCAUGUCAAACAAUGGAGCAGUAGUCCCCUGUUCUCCGUGCAUGAUUCUCUCAGUCCCGUAGUCAGCGACGUGCAGAAUUUCGAUAGCCUUCUGGUUCCACCCGACCACGUCAGCCGACGACCUACCGACACCUACUACGUAAACGCUAAUACAGUUUUGCGGAGCCACACCUCAGCACACGAGUCCGACCUGAUUUCUUCUGGAUUGGAUGCCUUCCUGGUUACUGGCGAUGUGUAUCGGCGCGACGACAUAGAUGCUCUGCAUUAUCCCGCCUUCCAUCAACUGGAGGGCGUCCGGCUCUUCUCGCGGGAUGAACUCUUUCGUGACGCGAUCGAUCCCUCGGCUUGUCUCACCCUCUUCGAAACUGGCACUGCCUCCCAGCGUUCUGUAGGCGCGGAAAUUCCACCCUCCUUCGCCCUGCCGUCGGAUCGUCAGCCCUGGCACUCAAUAGAGACGGUUCUUUCUCUUGAAUUCCAACUGAAGUCCGUCCUCGAGGAGCUUGCCGUACAACUUUUUGGAAAAGGUAAACACCCAAUCAUCACCCCGUCACGUCACGGCAUUCUAAAGCCUCUGCUGGCUUUGCUUUCGGUUCCCAGAUACACCCCUAUGCGCUGGGUUUCCGCCUACUUUCCCUUUACACAUCCCUCCUGGGAGUUGGAGAUUCAGACUGGUGUCAGGGCUGGCGACUCCGAUGACGGCUGGACGGAGAUGCUCGGCUGUGGAAUUCUGCGUCAGGAAAUCCUUGACAAAUGCGGUGUGACUAACAAGGCCGCCUACGCCUUCGGUUUGGGGCUGGAGCGUUGGGCAAUGAAACUCUAUGGCAUUCCUGACAUUCGACUUUUCUGGUCACAGGAUCCGGGUUUUCUGAGCCAGUUCCACACGAAAGACAUCAACAAGCCCAUAGCCUAUAAGGCGAUUAGUCAUUUCCCGCCAUGUCCGCUCGAUAUCUCCUUCUGGCUGCCGUCGGAACUGCACCCAGACGCUGUCGCCGCUCUCGGCGAGACAGAGGCCGCAUCAGAUAAAAUGCUGGCCUUCGAGCGUGAUCUCUUCGAGCUGAUCCGUGGUGUCGCGGGCGAUCUGGUAGAACAGGUAUGA